ACCUGUGCCUUACUUCACACAACGACGCAGUUUCCACUUGUCGUAGACGAGAUCACAUUUCUGGAGCCCCAGCCGCUUAGUUAUAGUUCGGGAGUAGGUGGAACAUGUCGAAUACUUCAGUUCGCCCGAUUCCAACGCUAAAGGGCAUCUUUUCGGUGCCGCGCGUCACACAGUCCCGAAACUUCCUCAAGGAAAACAAGGUGAGCCUGCGCUCGCUGGAGAAGUCCACCAGCCAGAAAUUGGCAGCUAAGGAACCAGCGCGCCCAAAAUGGAUGCCCCCGCUGCGACGCACUUCCUCCGAGAUGGGGGACUCGAAGGCGGAGAAACCAGCAGCUAAGGGCAAACCUGUAAAACAGAACUCGUUGCAAAAUGGCCCCAGCACCUCUCGCUCACAACACCAACUGGCCGUGGCCGUUCCGGCGGAGGGGGAACGCUUCGAUGGCCUGGAGGAGCGCAAUCCCAUCUUAUAUGACCCAUCGGAGGGCUGCGAAGCCGAGAAUCUCCUAGAGCCUUCGUCGGAUACAGACUUAGAUCGCUGUCAAUCGUGUGGCACGAAUCGAAGUUCCACCAGCAUAGCCAUUCAAACUGAGGACAUUACUGACGAACUCUAUCUAACAAAUGCUCUGAAAAAAUGUAACUUUGAUGCCAGAUCUAUACUGGAGGAAUCCGGUACAAAGUACGGGGAAAACUACAAGCCCAUGCGAUAUGAAAACGAGGAAGACUUGGAACAGUUGCCGCUUUCGGCGCGUUCGAACUCCUCGAAGCAGAGUCGCUUCAACAUGUCCGAAGUGGAGGCUAUGCCCAUGACCGAGGCCGCACCCGCAAACUACGGCGCCUCAGACGACGAGGCUCCACUCAGUGCCCGUAGUCGCUUCACAACGGCCUCCAAUGUCACCACCAUUAGCUCUAAGUCAAAGCGUCGUGAGCAUAAACUAGGAUCCCGAGAUGAGGUGCGUUUGCCGCGUUACCUGGAAAAGCAGAAGCGCGAGAAGGCGGUGGCCAAGCAGCUUGCGGAAUCGCUGGAUCCCGACUGUCCGCGUGGUCAUGUGUUGCUCAGCGAUCAGGACCGACUGACGCACCUCACUAAUGCUAAGAAACGCUACGAACAGCUGGUCAAUGAACUGAACCACAUGCCCAUGACCGCACAGACGCUGAGGGUGCGCAACCGCAAGGCGGAGAUCGACAAGGAGCUGACCAUCGUGGAGGAGGACAUCCGCAUAUACUCCAAGACAAAGGUCUUCGUGCUGGCCAGCAAGUCGCGACAGUUGUGAGAUCUUAUAUAGCUCCCAAAAACAUUGAAGCAUUCCAUCGACUGACUGACCGAGCUACUGGAAUCUUGGAUUUGCAAAACACGCGUGUUCCUUUCAACCAUGCCUUACGUUAAUUAUAUAUUUUGUAGCUGACAUUUGGAUCGCAGACCUACCCCGAUAGCAUUGUGACCAACUUAACGUGCGAUCCGAUCCGGCAACUAGAGUUACAGAUUAAAAACCGCUCAUCCAACUCAC